AUGUCGUGGCAAACUUACGUUGAUGAGCAUUUGAUGUGCGACAUUGAAGGUAGCGGUCAGCAUCUCACCGCCGCUGCCAUCUUUGGCACCGAUGGUACCGUCUGGGCUAAGAGCGGUUCCUUCCCCCAGUUUAAGCCCGAAGAAAUUAAUGCUAUCAUCAAAGAAUUCAACGACCCCGGUAAUCUUGCCCCCACGGGAUUAUUUCUUGGUGGCGCAAAAUACAUGGUCAUCCAAGGAGAGCCUGGAGCUGUCAUUCGUGGAAAGAAGGGAGCUGGAGGGAUCUGCAUCAAGAAAACUGGUCAAGCCAUGGUGUUUGGCAUCUACGACGAGCCAGUGGCUCCAGGUCAAUGCAACAUGGUGGUGGAGAGGUUGGGCGAUUACCUCGUCGAUCAGGGCAUGUAGGCCCCAUCU